GCAGGCGAAGGCGUUCCUGCAGACGGCCGCUUCACUGUCUCCACACAUGUAUGAGCCGCACUACAACUACGCCACACUCUCUGAUAAGGUCGGUGAUCUGCAGAGCAGUUUUACAGCCGCUCAGAAGUCUGAGGACGCUUUUCCAGAGCAUGUGGACACACAGCAGAUCCUGAGGAGCCUGAGACAACACUUCAGCUCACUGUAGACACACACACACACACACACACACACACUCCUGCAGAAUGAGAGAUUAGCACUGGAAUAAAGCUGCAUUAAUGAAUGAUCACAGGGAAAGGAAGAGCUCAUUUCUGGAGAAGGGUCGGUGUGUUUGUUUGACUGCUGAUGAAUGUAUUCAUGCGUUUGAAUGGAACAGUCCUCUAUUAAGAAUGUAAAUCUGCUAGUGUUGAUUGGCUGCAGGUCGAUGAUGUCAUCUUCACUCCAAUACAGUGUGUGUCCACAAUCUCGGUGAGGUCAGGUGAUCUGGAAUCAGCCCUACUGCUGGUCUCGGAGCUGGAGAGUCCCUGUCUUCUCCUCAGCAGUGAAUGUAGUAAACUCCUGUGUUAAAUAAGAUGUUAGUGUUCUGCGUCUCCGGCUGACAGCCAUGCGGGAGUGGAUCCUGUGUGCUUUAUAGUGGAUUUCCCCUCAGGAUUCCUGGCUUUCAGAUAGCUGAUCAGAAGAACCUGUUCUACAGCAGAAUCUGUGUUGAUCAGUCUGAGAAGUGUUUCAUCAGGUACAUUAACUCACAGUGUAUGAUUAUAAAUCAAGUGUGAGUCUCUCCUCAUGUCUGGAUGCAGUGGGUCUGCUGUACAUUAUUUACUGUAAAUAGCUGUG